UUCGACUUGCUCGUACUAGAAUACUGAAAACUUCUUAUAAUUGAAAGGAAAAAUGUCUUCUUCUCUGUCUGGUAAGUUAAGUGUUGAAAUAGAUGCCAAGUCACCAGCUCGUGCUUUUUAUGAGGCUUUGGGGAAACGAUUGUACGAUAUACCAAAACGUUGCCCUAUCUCUAUACCCAAGGUUGAUUUAGUAGAAGGUAAAUGGGAAGAUGUGGGUGCUGUCGUGAACUUUCAUCUCGCACACGGGGGUAAAACGAUAAUUUCCAAGGAGAUCGUUGAGAGCUUAGAUGACGAAAAACUAUCGGUUACUUUCAAUCUGAUAGGAGGAGUAUUAGUCGAAGGGUCAUUCAAAAGUUUCAAGUUCAUUUUUCAGGCCAUUCCAAAGAAAGAGGGAUGCUUGGGCCGUUGGACUUGUGAAUAUGAGAAACUUAACGCGGGUAUUCCAGAUCCAAAAGAAUUGGUUCAGUUUGCAGGUGAUCUUACCAGAGAGAUAGAUGAUACUCUUAUGAAGAGCCAGGCGUAG